CUGCUAAAAUGAACCAACAAAAGCCAUUUCAACUUCACUUGCAUUUUCGUUUUUUCUUUUGACUCUUUAGAAACAUAAGAGAAGCUUACAUACCGCAACAAUGGCAGCCAAAUUCAAUAGUCACCACUAGGGCACUGUCACUCCGAGACAAAACGAAGCCCCAUAGUCCCCACUCCACCUAUCCUUUCUCUCUCUAUAUAUAGUUACCCCUUAGAGAGAGAAACGCAAGAGAAACUUACAUAACGCAACAAUGGCCGCCAAAUUCAAUCGUCACCACUAGGUCACUAUCAUCCGGGACAACACGAAGCCCCAAAGUCCCUACUCCACCUGUCUUCUCUCCCUCCUUCUCUUUCUUUAUCUUUCUCUAUAUAUAUACAUAUAGUUUCCUUAAAAUGGUCUCGCCUGACCACUCUGGUCACUACGAAUCGUCAAGUCCGAUGGCGAAACCCUCUCUCCGGAACAAAGCCUCCCUCUGGAUUUCCGACGGCAUCCUUUUCCUCGGCGGAGCCUUCAUCGCGAUUUUACUGAUUUGGUCUCUCUGGUCCAUCGCAAGCCCUAGUCCCAACCCAACCUCCGAUUUUCUUCGCCCGGAGCUUAAACCCAGAGAGAAGGAAGUCAUGCCGAGGGUGAUAAACUGCGCCGAAGGUGAAGCGCACGGUGCUAAUCUGCGCUGCGACUCGCCGGAAAGGACCUUCUACGACUCGCCGGAGCUGAACUACUCGAUCGGGUCACCGGUGAUGGAUUGGGACGAGAAGAGGAGAUGUUGGCUGCGGAAGAACCCAUCUUUUGCCCCCGGAGCUAGCGAGAGGAUUCUGAUGCUCACUGGAUCACAGCCGUCCGCGUGUAAGAAUCCUAUUGGUGAUCAUUUGCUGCUUCGUUUCUUCAAGAAUAAAGUUGACUACUCGAGAAUCCACGGCUACGAUAUCUUCUACAACAAUGCUUUGCUCCACCCGAAUAUGGGCUCUUAUUGGGCCAAGCUCCCGGUGGUGCGGGCCGCCAUGAUGGCCCAUCCCGAGGCCGAGUGGAUCUGGUGGGUCGACUCGGACGCGUUGUUCACGGACAUGGAGUUCAAGCUCCCGUUGGAACGGUACAAGGAUCACAACCUCGUCGUUCACGGGUGGGCCCACCUGAUCAACGAGCAACACAGUUGGACGGGCCUCAACGCCGGGGUGUUUCUGAUCAGGAACUGUCAGUGGUCCAUGGACUUCAUGGAGACGUGGGCCAAGAUGGGCCCACAGACGCCAGAGUACGAGAAGUGGGGUUCGAUCCUGCGGUCAACGUUCGCAGACAAGGCAUUCCCGGAGUCAGACGAUCAGACGGGGCUGGCGUACUUGAUCUACAAGGAGAAGGAGAAAUGGGCGGACAGGAUUUACUUGGAGAGCGAGUACUACUUCGAAGGGUAUUGGGAAGAGAUCGUGAGAACUCUCGAUAAUAUCACGGAGAGGUAUUUGGAGAUCGAGAAAAAGGACGAGAAAUUGAGGAGGAGACACGCAGAGAAGGUGAGCGAGCAAUACGGUGCGUUUAGGGAGGAGCACUUGGGUGCAGCAGGGUACGGGUUAGGGAGCUGGAGGCGACCGUUCAUCACGCACUUCACGGGGUGCCAACCUUGCAGUGGGAACCACAAUCAGAUGUAUUCUGGGGAGUCUUGCUGGGACGGCAUGACAAAGGCGUUGAAUUUCGCUGAUAAUCAGGUACUUCGCACUUAUGGUUUUAUGCACCCGCAUCUACUGGAUCCCUCCGUCAAUGCGGUGCCGUUUGAUCAUCCUGCUUAGGAGGAAAUAAAUAAUAUAGGAGGUAGGAAGAUAAUAUAUGAAAGUAGUACUAGCAUUUUUGUAUGAUCUAUUAGAUGUUGAGGUCGUCUUUUUUUUUUUUUUU